AUGCUGGCAGAACUGAUAUUUCUCUUUAGGAGUCUCCAUGGGAUACUUGCCUCCGCGGGCACCGUAGGAGCAGUGGCAGCUUGGCUGAUGAGCUAUAAGCCAGCCUUGUUUGGGUUCCUAUUCCUUCUGCUGUUGCUUAGCAACUGGCUGGUCAAGUGUGAACACAAGCUCACCCUCCCAGAGCCUCAGCAGAAGGAGGAAGAGAAACCAAAGGCUUCUGAAAACGAAAACGACUCCAAGAGCGACAAGGCCACGAACACAAAAGAAGUCAAUAGAAUGCAUUCCUGCUUUGCCCUCCAGGACAAGAUCUUCCAACGGCUUUUGUUCAGUGAAAUGAAGCUGAAGGUCCUAGAAAAUCAGAUGUUCAUCAUAUGGAAUAAAAUGAAUCACCACAGGCGGUCAAGCAGACAUGGGAAUUUUCCCAUGAAGAAACACAGAAUGAGGAGGCAUGAGUCCAUUUGCCCCACCCUGUCUGACUGUACUUCCAGCUCCCCCAGCUAAUGAGGCCGAGGCGGGCUGGCCUCUGCUGAUGUUACCUUUUACCUCAGUAAAACCCAGUCAAAGCC